GGGGGCCAUGGCUCAGACACCUUAAGAGGAGAGGCCUUUGGAACAGCCCAGGCCAUCGAGAAAUCCUUCUUGGGCGCGUCCAACCCAGACUCGAGAUGCCCCGCCAAGCCGUCCACCGCGGGACGGCAGAGCUGAUAAACAGGACGAACACAAAAAUCAAAAAGAAAAACAUCAGAGCAAGGAACAUCGCUCGUCCCAUCCGUUUAAUGCGGGCCACCCACAGUGUCUGUGGGAAGACUGUCGAUUACGGCAGCCAGCCAUACCCAGGUACCCCUGGUUCCUGAAACCGUGCCAGUCAGGGCGCAAAAGGCACUUUGCCUUCCGAGCUUUCACAGCCAGCAGCGCAGAGUGAGAGGAACUGACAGGUCAUCCGGUGCACGUGCUUUUGUUCAUGCUGAGGCAGCUGACAGUCGAGAGCCGGCCGCUUCCACGUGACUCCCACCACCCCACGCUGAGAUCCAAGGGAACUUUCAGGAGCUCCAUCCCCCAAUAAGGUGGAGCCACUAACUAAAUUUCCGGGCCGAACCAGGGCAGUCGUUUGAGAAGGUUGCGCACAGCAAAAGCACGUCGCGCCAAACGCAGGCCCGCCAGAUCGCGUCGCUUGAGCCGCAAAUUGAUACCUGAACCGCGUCUUUCGCUCCCGCGCUCGGAGACUGGGCCCAGCCGACUAAAAGUCCAGUCGACCAAAAGUCGCCAAUUUCGCUGCACCUGUCGCUUUCGGUUGCUGAACGAGCUACAAUCCCAACGCCCUGCCCUCGAACUCCGAAGGCCGGCUCUGCAACACUUGCCGUCAGCCUGCAACUGUCAUGACGCGACCUGACACCUGUCUUGGCAACAUCACUUCGCCUCCCAGAUUCCGCACACUUCUCUCCAUCGCAUCGCUGCGACUUCUCAGCCGCCCGUCUCUGCCGACCACGAUCCGUGCCCACCAGUCAGCAAUCUAGAUCUUUGGGGGUGUCUCAUCCAGCCAUGAGAUCCUCCAGGAAGCGCGCGAUUGAUGAGGUGGACGGCGAUGAUUCCCUGAAUCACAAGGAGCCUUCUUUGUUGCAGCGCAUCAGGGACAUGUGGCAGCUGGCCAAUGUCGUUCAAUUUCUGACCAUCUUCGGCUCUGCGCUCAAGAUUGACGCUCCGGACAUCAAUGAGCUGGAGGCCGAAUGCCUCAAACCGUUCUCACUUGCGCUGCAAGAACUCGGGCUUGGCAUGCUCAAGUUCCUCUCGUCACAUCGCGGACUGACGCACGAUAUCUUCGACGAGUACACGAGACGGCAGUUCGCAGCCAAGGCCCCGGGAAUCGAGAACCCCUUUGGCACGGAAGAUGCGCUCUUGAAGUUUGCCGACUUCGAUGUCUUCCAAAAGAUUCGUGUUCUUCACCAGAUGACCCAGCUCAUACUGAGAUCUCCCGAGAAGCUCCGGGAACGAAUGAUGGAGCUCAAAGAGGCCGACCACGAUCACACUGCCUGGAGAGUCGAGCCAGUUGGCUGGGAUGAGGACGAAAACACCUACUUUCUUCUCGACGACAACCGGCUCUACAAGCUGACCGAGGCACCGCCCCCGACCCCUGCGGCACCCAAGCCAAAAAAGAACUCUAAGAAGGCGAGAGCUAUGGCCAGGGCGGCUAAACGAAGGCGAAUCUCCGAAGCUGUCGACAGCGGAACCGAAGGACCCGAUGACGACGCGCAAACCGAAAACGACGCGCCAGAGGAGACCGCCAAGGACAUACUCUUGGAUGACGGGCUUGGAGGCGCCAAAUGGGAAUGUAUUUGCGUCACUUUGGAUGAUGUUCGGCGUUUCCUCGCCCCCUUGCAGAAGACGAGGGAUGGCAACGAAAAGGUGCUAAGGGACACCUUGCUCGAGCACCUGGUCCCCACACUUGAGCGCGAGGAGGAGAAGCGCAUCAAGAAGCAAAAGGAGCGCGAGCGGGAGCUCAUGACUCUGGAGAAGAUGGCGAACGCAAAGAGGUCCAGCCGCCUGGCGCAUAAGGCUGAGAGGCAGAAAGUCGACGAGCAGGCCGAGACAGAGGUGCGCAAGCGGCUCGCUGAGGAGGCUGCUGCCAGGAAACAACAGGAGCUGGAGCGAAAGCGGGAGAAGGACCGGAGCUCGCGGCUCAUGUCGAGGGAGAAGCGGCUCCGUGAGCGCGAGGCGCGCCGGCUUCAGCAUGAGGAGGAGCUCGCGCACCUCUCCGAGGACAGCAGGAGUGUUGGAUCGGGGGCUGGCCGAAUGUCGGACAGGCGCCGCGAGGCCGAGAUCCAAAGGGCCAAGAAGGCGCUCAAGGAGCUGGAGGACGAAGAGGAUGAGUGGGUGUUCGACUGUGUAUGCGGUCUGCAUGGACAGGUAGACGAUGGCGAGCACAGCGUCUCGUGCGAGAGGUGCAACGUCUGGCAGCACAGCAAAUGCCUGGGCAUUGACCAGAAGGAGGCCGAGAGCGACGAUUUCCACUUCAUCUGCGUCCACUGCCGCAAACUCCAGGAGGGGAAGCAGAGGCCACGUGGGCACGCGACCGUCAUCAAGCUGAAGCUCGGCUCUGCCAGUUCGUCUCCCGAGACCCCUAAGGCGGCUCCCCCGUCAAAGGAUGGCGCAAGAGCCGCGUCCGGACCAACUAUCGAGCUUUCCAGCAAGCCGGGCGGCGGGGCUGCUGCCACUGAGAAGACGCCCAAGAUGGGCGACAUCUCCAUGGUGCCAAACAGCUCCCCGGUGCUCCCUCCGCCCCCCGAGCAGCUCAGUUUCACUAUCCCAAUCAAGUCCGCUGGGCCUGCGCCGGCGCCUCAUAAUCGCCCAGGGUCAUCUGGGCUGUCCAAGGCGGUAUUGAACGGGACCCAUAACCCCUUCUCGUCACCGCACCCAGACCUGUCACCUCCCAGCCUGUCACCGAACAAGGCCCGGGCGUACAACACCGUCUUUGAGCAGUCUAGCCCAACAGCAGCGCUGGGCGGCCAGAAUGGCCACCAGGCCAAGGCGAAUGGGCGCGUACGCAUAUCGACAACACCCAUCCUGCCGCCAGUCCUGCCACGCGUCGAACUCUCCAGCGUGAGGCUGAGCUCGCCGUCAAAACAGCAGCCGGGCUCCAGGGCUCCCUCCCGAGGCACAUCGCCAAAGGCCACUCCUGGGGCUAACAAGACUUCGCUGGUAACAACGCCGCAGCUAAAGGCAGGCUACCCAGAGCCUUUGUCGGCCCACAAGGCAUCGCCUCUACCACCGUCCAGUGCCGGCGUGUCUCCGACAAAGCACUCGCCCUCGCUGCACCCUGCCACUGUCCAUGUGAUACUACCCAACUCCAGUCCCGCGCCUCCUGUCCUGCCUCCCAUCGCAGCGCUUUCCCCGUCUCCGCGUCCUCUGGACCUGACACCGCCAGUCAAGCCGUCGACGCCGGGAUCCAGCUUCUCCAACGGAAUCAACUAGUCCGCGCCCAGCCACCAUGGUGCGCAUUGUCUAGCUAUCCUGCAAAAAUGCGCCUUGCGCUCGGUCGAUAUAUCCCAGCCGCGGAAUUACUUUUGAUCGAUUGUCACGAUGGUUCUUUUUCCAGAAUGCCGUCUUUGUCAGGUUCGGCUGUCACAUCACAAUGGAUUGCAGUUUUGGACGGGAACCAGUGGCGCUCAUGGAAUCUUUCUCUCUUGUUUGGUUCCGAGGUGUCGGUAAUGAUAGACCUGGAUUUUGGGAGAAUAGUUUGCCUAUUGGCCUGUUUUUCUUUGCUUUUUUCCCCACUUGUAUUUCGAUCACUUUUUUUUUGUCUUUGCGUCGCUCUCCUGUUUUCCUUUCUCCGUCCGCAAGGCUCAGGGGCGAUCAAAGCCCUAGGCACCAUCAGGGCAAAGCUGGAGUCAAGGGGUGCAUUAUCGGGCAAGUCAGGAAUUCUACAUAGAAAGCCCGAGAACGGCGUUUGGUUGUUUUGAAUCCAUAUAAUCUGUCAGCUG